AUGGCCACAGUUCACUUAUACAUAUCUCUGCCGUCCCAUGAAGAUCGUAUAUUAAAAAACCCAAAUGUAAAUAUAGAAUCAAUUACUGAAGAUGAUUUUGUUACAACAAUACUUCAUCGAUAUUCGCAACGACCUUCGGUACCAGAGGUGAUUAAUGAUCUUACUUUAUUUGAAUUUGCAGUAUGGUUCACAACUGAUUAUACUGAUUCGACAUGUGAAGAUAUUGAUAACAAUGCACUAAUACCAAAUCCAUUAUGGCGUACCAACUAUGAUCAACCACCAUUAUUGAAAACUUCAAGACGACUUCCACGUAUUAUACUAGCAUCUGGUCAAAAAAUGCGUCAACACGAAAAUCCUAAAUGUGUGACAUUCACUUGUCUUCAUGAUGACACUGCACAGUCUAUUUAUACUCUAUUAUGCUUAAAUAUUCCCUUUCGAAAUUCAGUGGGUGAAUUUUUAGGUGGUAAACAAGAACCAGAAAUAUAUGAUCUAAAUCAAGUACUUCUACAACAAAAAAUAGAAAUUUCUACUCGUAUUUUAACAUUACCUCAAACGUAUCGUAUUCAACUAAAAAAUCUACUAGAUCAUUUAAUCAAUAUUGAUAAAGAAAAUUUUAAAAUUAACCAUCGAGAAUCCUAUAUAUUUACAAAUCCAAUCGAACAUGAAGAUGAUACAAUUAAUAAACCAUCAACAGAUAAUGAUCUUACACAAGCAUUUAUAAUAGCUGACAACAACCCGUUUACAAAUUUCGAUAUUAGCACUUGCAUAUCGUUUCAAGCAUUAUCAGAUUUGAGAAAUACAGCUAAUCCUCAACAGAAAUAUCUUCUUGAUUUUAUUCAAACAUAUUUGAAUCACUUGUUGAUGCACUCUAGGCGAUCAACACAUGUACAAAAGCCGAAACCAUUUCAUAUUGCUGUCAAUGGUCUGGUAGGAUCUGGUAAAUCUUAUGUUAUUUCUAUAAUUGAAAAAAUGCUUAAUGAAUAUUGCAUUGCUGAAUUUGCUGGAGUUUCGCGUCCUCGUAAAAAUUUUGGUUUACUUAAAAUGGCUCAUACAGGAAAAGCAGCGUUGAAUAUUCAUGGUUCUACUAUACAUUCGGCUCUUGAAAUUUGUCCAGACGGAAGUUCAUCACCAAACAAAUUAAAUUCUUUUAAAUUUCAUACCCUAAGAAACAAACUCAAUGGAUUAUUGUUGAUAAUUAGAGAUGAAAUUUCGCUUGUUUCACAUGCAUUAUUUCAAAAAAUUAAUAAACGUUUAAACGAAAUAUUUCGUACACUUGAUAAAUGCGAUGUUUAUUUUGGUGGUAUUCCUGUUAUCGUAUUCGGUGACAUGGCUCAGAUUGAACCUGUCGCAGCUAAACAAGCAUUCUAUCGUCCAUUAGGUGAAUUAUUUUCUUUAUGGCAUGACUUAUUCAGACCUAUAAACUUUGAUAUUAAUAUGAGACAAGGAGAUGAUCGGCUCUUCUUUGAUUGUUUGUGUCGACUGCGAAUGGGUGGUUUAGAUGAAGACACAGAAUAUCUAAUAAAAUCAAGAAGUAUACGUCAACAAGACAAUCCUGAAAGCUAUCAAGAACGAUUGAAAGAGUUAAAUUCACCUGAUUUUCAAGAUGCUGUUCAUGCGUAUGGAGUUCGAAAAUUGACAAAUUUAAGAAAUCUAGAAAAAUUAAAAAAGCAUGCAUCUGAUUCAAAAAAUCCUAUUUUUAUGAUUAAUACUAGAGUAGCCAUGAUUAAUACGUCUUUCUUCAACUCUAGUAAAACAAAUAAUAGAACUUGCAAAAUUAAUCUUAAACCAUCACCUGAUGAAAAUAAAUGUGGUUCACUGUACCGUCGACUACCUAUUUGUAUCGGCGCACGCGUUAUUAUUAGACGCAACAUCGAUCAAGAUAACUCCGUUAUUAAUGGAAGUGAUACCAUAAUAAAAAACAUAGUUUGGAAAAAUUCUACGGAUUUUCUUUUACCACCAGCAGAGUCCGAAGACAUAUUUUCUGGAUUAUCAAAUGUUAUUAAUGCAAAACUAUCGAAAUAUGUAGAACUCGAAUUAUUCAAUGGUCAAACAUAUAAAUUAGAACCUGAGGAAACUCGAUUUAAUGACAUGAACAAUAUCAGCAUGACUCGAGUACAAUUGCCACUUGCACUUGGUUAUGCAAUAACCAUACAUAGAACUCAAUGUAUGACAUAUUCAAAAUUAGUUAUUGAUCUUGGUGGUAAAUAUUGGAAACCUGAUGGUUUAAAGGAGAUUGAACGUUUACAGAGAAUUGAAAGAGAGAAUCCAAUUAAAUUCGAUGACUAUUUAAACGAAGCACAUAGUAUUCCUGAUCCAAACCUUAGUUAUACAUCUAAUAUCAAUAAUACAGAAAAAAAGAAUAAAAGAUCGCGAAAUAAUUCGAAACAUACUAAUAAACGUUUGAAAGUUAUAAACAAUAUUAAUAUAAAUGAUGCUACCAAUGUUGAUGAUGAUACCAAUAUGGUUGAUGAUAUCAUUAAACCUGAGGAUGUAAUAAUUUGUGAAAAACAGCGUCUUUUAUAUUGUGGUGGUCAUGCUCUUCGAGCUCUUGUACAAGAUAGGCAAAUAUUUGAUGAUACAUAUUUAAUUAGUUUAACACAAGAACUUGCAACACAAGAACUUAUACUUCGUCCAUGUGCAACUACAGUUAGACAAUAUUAUUUCAAUUAUAUUACUGGCUAUUAUCACAUUCAAGUUAUUCAAAAAGCUCUUCAACAACAAUAUAAUAUUGAACUUCUACAAUUGCAAGAAAAAGAUGAAACAUCAUACUUGCAUCGUGACUUGAUUAGAAAUCAUAUUCAUGAUGUGCAAGCUUUAUUUGUUCAUCAACACGAUCAUUACUUCUGUGUUCGGCGAUUCGAUAGUACCCCUGAUUAUUUUUUUAUUAUUGAUUCUCUAACACCUAACAUACAUAAAACGAUACCACGCCAUCGUAUUAAUGAUUAUUUUAAAUAUUUAUAUGAAUGUGAUAGUUCAAUAUAUGUACUUCUGCGAGGUGAUAUGCUAAAAAUGGAAACUAUUUCAUACGAAUCAUUACUUUCGUCGAUACAUCCAUUACCAACAUGUGUGGCAGAUGAGCUUGCAUUAACUGUUAAUGAGAGCACAAAUUUUAUUUUUUGA